AAUCUAGCUGGACAGCUCAGCCAGUCAGCACAUUUAGCUCUCCAACUACCAUACAACGUACUUGGUUUAGGCCGAAGUGCAAAUUUUCUUGACCAUCUUUAUGUUGGUAUUCCUCGCCCAUCUGGAGAGAAGUCUAUACGAAAACAAGAGUGGACUGCAAUCAUUCCAAAUUCGCAGCUAAUUGUCAUUCCAUACCCUCACAAUGUCCCUCGAAGCUGGAGUGCCAAACUGUAUCUUACACCAAGUAACAUUGUUCUGCUUACUGCGAUAGCUCUCAUCGGUGUCUGUGUUUUCAUCUUGGCAAUAAUUGGCAUUUUACAUUGGCAGGAAAAGAAAGCAGAUGAUAGAGAAAAACGACAAGAAGCUCAUCGGUUUCAUUUUGAUGCUAUGUGACUUGCCUUUAAUAUUAUGUAAUGGAAUGACUAUUCACUUGAUUAGUUGAAACACUAAAUUCUGCUUAUAGAAGAAAAUAGGGGAUUUUGAAUAUUAUUUAUAAAUGAUGCAUCUCUUGGUAAUUAUUGCAAAGUAUUCAAAUAAAUAUGAUCUGACUGUCACAAAGAUUUUUUUUAACCACUUUGUAUACAAAAAUUUGGGUUCUUUCUUCAAUAGUGCUCUACGUUUUUGUUCUUUUGUGGAAUGUGUUGCAUGUACUCUGGUGUUUAUGUAUUUGUAGUCCUAUUAGAGUAAUGAUGAUGGAAAAAGACAUGUACAAAUAAAAAUAUUUAAACGAGCAGGA